AAUUUGUGUGCGGUGCAUUGUGAGCUUAAAACUCAAGCAACUUGGUCCAACGUUUUUUCGUUUUUCAUUGUGAAUAAUAUUUGUUUGACAAUUUUUCAUAAUAUAAGCGUAUUUAUUGUUUAACAAAUUUAUUAAAAAUGGACACUGCAAGCAGGACAGAUUCUGCUCCAAGAGAAGCUAUAGUUUACGUUUGUGGAGAGUGCCGUCAUGAGAAUGACAUACGACCAAGGGAUGCAAUACGUUGCAGAGAUUGUGGCUACAGGAUCAUGUACAAAAAAAGAACAAAAAGACUUGUUGUCUUUGAUGCUCGCUGAUGUCACCAACAAACAUUCAUUUAUUACUUAAAAUAUGAUAAAAAUAAUGUAAAUAAUUUAGCUGCUAUCACCAACUUUUACACUAAAUAAAGAAAAUAUUCAAUUACAACAUAAGAUUUUCAUUUCAAUUAUAAUUAAUAAUAUUCACAUAAAAA